GCAUGCGUAGAAUGAAACACGUGUUGAAAAUGGCUGCCGUCAUACCGUUUGCGAUAUCGGACAACAGUCAAUAUAGCAUCUAUUCGAGUCCCGAUGGAGUAUUGAAACUUUGGGAAGCAGACAAUGGUGUUCUCAAGCAGGAAUAUACACCCAGUGCACAUCUGUCAGCGACAUGCACGUGCCUUUCAUGGGGACCGAAAAGAAACCUGGAUGUACCAGGACGAAAGAAAAGAAGAAAAUCAGGGGGUUCAGCAAUUACAGAGCAGUAUGAUUUGAUUGCUGUGGGAACCACUGCAGGAAGCAUUCUUAUUUAUAGCAUUGUCAAAGGAGAUGUCAAAACAAUUAUGGAAGAAGGUCAUGCAGACACUGUAAGUGAUGUUUGUUGGCACCCAGAAAACAACACUUUAUUCAGCUGUUCUUGUGACAGACACAUUAUCCACUGGGAUGUUAUAUCUGGAAAAGUCAAACACAAAUGGAAAGGGGACAGUGGAAGCAUACAUUCUAUCUGUCUCUGUGCACAGAAUCACCUUUUGUCUUCAGGAAGAUCAAUCAAACUCUGGGAUUUAGAGACAUAUAGUGUAUUAAAGAAGUUUACUGGUCAUGCUACGGAGGUAUUCAGAUUGCUUCCCAUACUCUCCAGUCCGACAGAGCUGCCAGAGACUCCAGAAGGAGCCUAUUUCUUAUCAGCAGCUCUGAACGACAGACUUGUGAAUGUUUGGCAUAUUAACACCUCGGUGAAAGAUAAAAGCUCCAUAGCAUCAUUUUCACUUCCAGAAGAACCGGUUAUGUUAGAUUUAAGGAAAGAACAGGAAGAGGUUAUACUAGCUGCAGUGACAAAGAGUGGACAAGUGAAUGUAUUUGUCCAUACGAUGAAUGGAAAAGUGAAGAAACCUCUAAAGCCAAAAGUGACCAUCCAGAUAGCAUCAUCAGGAGGUAACGACUCCAUUCCCAAACCAAUUCAGAUCCUGGCUUCUCAGCUGUGUGAGGAUCAGCGCCUGCUGUUGGUGUAUGGAAAUUAUUUGAAACCUGUGUUUGAGAAAUUGGUGUUGGAUAUGUCUAGUUCAGAUGUGUGUUUGAUACGAGAAGAACCAGUAUUGUCAUCUGUAAAACACCAGGCAGAGGUGUCCAAGUUGAAGAUGCCAGGGGUCUCCAAUGAUGUGACAAUUCUUGCUCCUGAAAACACUGUAGCAAGUGGACCUUCACUGAAAGAAAAGAGGAAAAGGAAACCAUCUGUAUCAGAUAUGAACAUGGAAGAGAGGUUAAAUGCCAUCAGUAUAAAUAAACCAGAGACUUCCAAAGAACCACCCAAAGCAGACACACUAGUGAGGCUGCUGACCCAGGGUCUGCAGAGUGAAGAUAAAAACAUUCUCAAAGUGUGUAUUCUUUCUGUUUAUCUGUCAUGUGAAUAUAUUUAUAUUAUAAAUCGCAUUUUCCUCUAUGCACCAACCAAUUUCAGUGCACGACACAAUACGUUCAUAUUGACUUUGAAUGGAACUUUUUGGUGCAUGUUUCAGUUUCCUGACAUGGUGGAUAAUUUGAGUGUAUUGUAUCAGUCCAUGGAUUCACGGACAAAAUUAGUGGACCGUCUGUCAAAACUCAAAGGAAAACUGGAGCUUAUGUUAUCGCAGAUUGCAAACCAAGCACAACAAGGGGAGGAAGAUGUUGUUCCAGAUCAAAGACCACUUCUAAUGUAUCAAGAAGAGUCAUCAGAUGAUGAUAUUGCUGUUGACAAUUUGAUGCCAGAUAGGUCUGAUACUGAGGAUUUUGAUGAUUUGUUUUUAUCGGAUACGGAGGCGGCGACAGACCAGGCCCAAGUGAAUGGUACCGAGGAGGAUGAAGAAGACAUGGAGUCGGAUUGAGGGCGGACGGCUGGAACCGAAGGCAGUCAUACCAUUGGUGCUUAUGUGUGUCUGGUCAAACUAGGCUCAUUUCCAUUACAUGACCCUCAAUCUGUGAUCAUUCUUGUCUUUAAGAAAUGACUUUUAUAAGAUGAAAGUCUAAGAAAAUUAAAUCGUUCUCCCCUAAGUUGAAACGAAAUCUGCUUGGGCUCUACAAGUGGUAUUUGUUAACAAAGGUUUUGAUUCCUUAUUUGGAGCAAACAGUGCACACUGAUAAGAUAGAUAUGCAAAUUCCUAUGUAUGGAUCAGAGGUAUCUAUGACUCAAAUGUAUUUGUUGGGGUAUGGUGAUGGGAAGGAAUGUCAAAAAUUCCAGUGUGUCAAGGCCUGCAUUCACCCCUAAUGGUUGUAGAUAUCAUAUUGUUGAUAUUUUUCAUGAACUGUUAAUGAUUUUAUAAAAGAAAAUAUAGCUCAAAUAAAAUGUUAAACUAUUGAAA